CUCAGUAUUUCCUUUUCAAGUCACGUGGUCUAGUGGCCCGGUGGUUAAACCCCACGUAGCCGCCCAAAGGGGUUAGUCCGCUUUGGAGCGCCUCUGGCUGAGGGAGGCACCCGCUGACAAAGCCCUCGUAUUUCCAUCAUUUAAUCGCAUGGCCCGGGAAGACCUGGUCUCCUCGUCUAUCGCUUGUUGAAGAUGAGGAUCUCUCUCACAACUCGUGGUAUUGCGUUCUAUUGCAUUUACACAACACCCACCAUCAUCCCCCACUUCGAGCCAGUCACAUCUGUUGAGAAAAAAAUACUUAGGCUCUGUUUAGGUCGGGCUCGCAAGCUGUCAUUCAGCACUCGACAUACAUGUAUCGUUAGGGUAUUGAUCCAGCAGAAGCCGCUCAACAUAAUGGGUAUAAUGUUCGGUCCUAGAGGCACUUCAGUAUCCGUCGAUUUCGCCUUAUCUAAUACAGUAAUUUAUUCGAUAUAUUCUCUUGGGUUUUACUUUAGACAACCUUACCAGAGAAUGGGGAACACCUUGAACUGGCUGAGCCAAAAAGUCCACUUCGUGCAUUGAAAAUAUAUCGAUGUUCGCUAUGUAUGGC